AUGAAUCGAUUUUUACAGAACUUGUUACUUCUCAUAUCACUCUACCUAGUCUACAAAUACGCUAUAUCAGCAUCAGUCACACAGAUCCCCAACAUCAUCAUGUCGCACAACAAUAGAGACGCCAAGCCCGACCCCUUUGAGGGCAAAGAUCCAUCGCAGAUUAUGGUGGACGUAAACGGCAAGAAGGUGCCAUUGUCGAGGAUUGCGAGACCUCACGCCGUGUUGUUGCCAGAUGGCAGAGACGGGCAGAAGUUCCCCGAUGUCGAGCCACACGCAAAGCAAAAGGAGGACGCAAAGGCGUUUGACCAAGCGGUGUUGGAUCCAGCUAAGCAAGGGCAGAAGUUUGAUGCCGCUUCGUUCCCACCGGUUGAACCUGAGGCUCAGAAGAGAGAAGCGGAAUUGGAGGCUGCUCGUGCCAAAAAGAACGCGUAG